UGACUUUAUAUUCUUCAGUCAACGGUCGGGAUAUAUAUCUCGCUCUCUCAUCACUAGGACACAGUUUUUGCGAGGUUGUCGGCAUUGGUAGCUACCUCCAGUAGUAUAUGAUCUAAGAUCGUACUUUGUUGCCAGAAAUCUCGAAUCUGCACGAAUACUUAUUGCGUGAAAUAAUAAUCAGUAUAGAAAUUGACCGCAAUUCGUUUGUCACGAUGACACCGCCAAUGGAGAGAAUCCAAAUAUUGGAAUCAAUUGAAAAGGACAUAAUUAUAUGUUUACAAAGUGCAGGUCAAGCAUUCGUCGAGUUGAGUAAGGAGAAGUCGAGCCUGAAACAGGCUGAAAGUCAAACCCACCAAUUCCUCAAGACUCUGGGACAUGUGGAAUCAAAACUGAGUGAACAAAUACACUACUUGACUCAGGUGUCGACAGGUCAACCACAUGAAGGGUCGGGAUAUGCCAGUCAGAAGGUUUUACAAAUGGCAUGGCACAGGCUGGAACAUGCACGAAGCAGAGUCAACGAGCUUGAACGAAUAAAGAACAAACACCUGCACGGCCGAACAGUUGCCAGAUCUUCGCAGCCUCAAAUGCUGUCCAGUAUUUCCUUACAGCCCUUAUCACAGUCUGCCUCAAAUCCAUAAAUCUUGUGUAUCGACUCGGGGAAUAUUUAAAAACACUAACCUACGUUUUUUCCAUUGUUCUAAUAAAUAAUGUAUGCAUUCUUCA